AUGGAUUCUAUCAACCCAAUUCCAUUGGUCGAAGGUGGUUUACAAGAUGCCGUGGACCAGCGUGAACAACCAUGGAAGCGCUUUGCUGACCCAACCGCGCUGCGAUUUGCCCGAACGAUUGCAAAUGCUCCGGACCAAACUGCCCUUGGAGGACAAGGGACUCUCGAGCAGUACGGUGCCGAAAACGGCCCAAACAAUCAGCUUUUCAUCGAUCAUUAUGGUGCUGAGAAUGGCGACGAUAAAUCUGUGGAUAAUCGCGAACAACCAUGGAAGUUCUUCGCAGACCCCAAUGCACCUCAGUUUGCUGAAAUAAUUGCGGCUGCUCAAAAGCAAACUAUCUUUGGAGUUGGUGAAGAUGCUCUCAGCCAAUAUGGCGCUGAGAACGGUGGCUAA